AUCAAUAUGAUUAUAACAUUCAAAUCUUGAUGUACACUUUGGUGCAAUGUAGGCUCAUUUUGGUUUAAGGAAAAAGGUUUCAGGGGAGCCUCCAUUUUCCUGGAUGAAUCUAACCUAUAAUCCGUCCAACGAAACGAGUCAGUAAAUGUAAACAAAACAGCUGCGGCUCUUACUAUUGGCUGUCAAGGGUCGAGUUCAGGGCCAACUUUCGGUGGUCUCUAACCGUGGGCCCUUGCUUAGAAAGGCAGGGGGGAACUUGUUAGCGUCGGUCCCGGUAUAUUCUUCAGAGGUCCUGGGGCCCUUCCUACAGCGCAGGCCACCGUGAAGGGUUUAGUGGGUAUAAAUCCCACACUACCCCCGGCUCCUCCCCAGGGGGGCGAGGGGUGUCUUUUGAAGAUUUCUUCCACGUAAAAAAAAGGGGGGGAGAACUUAGCGUUUUUCAAAUACGCACACCGCGAUCAUACCAAAAUCGCGUAUAUAGGAUGGGCAAAAAUUAUUUGUCAUGAUUUUGGGAGAUGACUUUGCACCUAUUAUUAUUGUUCCAAAAAAGGUAGCUUUUUAUUUUUUAGUAUGCAGGGAUCGAUAUACCGUAAGCCGAUCCUGCUUCGCGCCCAAGAAUUUGUAUACAUUUACUGACUCGUCUCGUUGGACGGACUAUAGAAUCCCUUUUCUUCCUAUAUAAAGAACAUGGACAAAUAAGGGUUGUGGUGGGAAACUUCAUCCCUUAUACUUCCCCUUAACUAUGGAAAGCCUAAGUUGCACGUGGCCGUGUAUUCCCGCGGAAUUGCCGACUAUUUUUAUCUUAUACAGACACAGCGAAAAGCGGGGACGUACAUUUUCUCUGGAAAGAUCAAAACUUUUGUUGCGGGAUGUACUUUGCAUUAGUUCGACUUUCGGUUGAUAGAGGCAGUCUUCGUCGUGCUGCCAUACGGUAUGGCUGCGGUUUGUCAAAGUUUUCUCUUUAUCCCGAUAUAAUUUCAAGUGAAUCGUUGAUAGUAAUGUUUUAUUCGUCCGGAAGUUCGAUAAAAAUUCACCGUCCUAUCAACUGCUGAUAAAUCAUGCUGUCUCAAAUCAAGGCCAAUUCUAGUAAAAAAUUAGAAGGGAAACGACCUAAGGAACUGAUGUCAUCUUCUAGUCUUCCUGGCAUGUCACAAUUGUCAAACAGCAGCGAGGAGACGCUCGAACCCCUUGUACAUAAGCCGCACAAACCGGAAUCGUUGGAAAGCACAACGAAGGACGUAAGUUCGCAACGCAACGAAUGGCUGUUAAAUGGACCAAGUGGAAACAAAACAUCUAUUUUGCGCUUCAAAUGUUCCGCGUUGGCGACCCCUCCGGAGGAAGCACCAGGAAAGAAACUGCACAUGACUUACAAAAUUUUUCAAACAGACACCAAACUUGUCAGUCUUUUGCUACAAUCACAUGGCUUGGCAGAGGUUUCCAUGAACGAGAGUGACUUCAACAUUCUAUGGAUGGGGAAUCAUCCGAAACCAGACAUUCUACGAAAUUUGAUGCCCCACCAGAAAGUGAACCAUUUUCCAAGGUCGUACGAGAUAACGCGAAAGGAUCGGCUUUACAAGAACAUCGCAGCUAUGCAGCGGUGCAAAGGGCUGAGGAACUUGGAUUUCAUACCCCAAACAUUUCUGCUGCCCAGCGAAUCGAGGGAAUUGCUAACGGCUCAUUUCAGGUAUCGCGGGCCCUGGAUUGUCAAACCCAAAGCCAGUUCCCGCGGACGUGGCAUUUAUAUCGUUAACAGUCCUGAAAAGAUUCUUACCGAGGAGUCUGUGAUCGUUGCGCAAUACAUAAACAAUCCCCUUCUGGUCGAUGGGCACAAAUGCGAUUUACGACUGUACGUUGCUGUGACAAAUUACGAUCCCCUGUUGAUAUACCUGUACGAAGAGGGUUUGGUAAGAUUCGCUACAGUGAAGUACGACGGUGGCAACCAAUACAUCUGGAAUCCCUGCAUGCAUCUGUGCAAUUACAGUAUCAACAAAUUCCAUGUGGAUUACAUAAAAAGCGAAGAUCCAGACGCAGAGGAUGUAGGACAUAAAUGGACAUUGUCAGCGUUGCUCAGACACCUACGCUCCAUGGGACGUGACACGGAACUGCUCAUGCAGCGUAUAGAAGAUAUUAUAAUUAAAUCAAUUCUUGCGACCGCAUCUGGCAUUGUCAGCGGUAUCAAACAAUUCGUAAAACACCCUGAAACGUGCUUUGAAUUAUUUGGCUUCGACAUUCUGAUCGACGACACGUUAAAACCGUGGUUAUUGGAAGUUAAUUUAACCCCAUCGUUAGGGUGUGAUUCACCGCUCGACGUUAGGUUGAAAUCGGCGCUAAUAGCUGAUUUACUUACCCUCGUUGGUGUACCUGCGGUUGAUCCGAUGUUACGGCCUCAAACUACCCACUUGAAUCGACCCACCGUUACUGCAACUAAAGGAAUAACCAAUUGUAGAAGAGUACACUCAGCUGAAACGUUGUCUCAGAGAAAGAAGAAUACUAGCAGAAGUAAUAUCAGUAAAACGGGAUUAACGCCUGAACAACAACGAAUAGUAGCGUCUGCGAAAGCUCAGUUCGAACGACGAGGAGGAUUCGUUCGUAUAUUUCCUAGUCCAAAAUCGUGGGAGAUGUAUUCACAGUAUUUAGAUCCAUCAACGGGGAUACCAGUAGUCUCAGAUCCCUUAGGACCAGGCAGAGUUCCGCAACACAUUAAUACAAAUCAUAAUUUAAUGUUACACGAACAGCUAUUUCCUGCGGCUAGUCGUACCACUGGUUUCAUCAUUCCUGAAGUCACUUUGGACAGGUUGUCUAGGUAUGAAAGAUACGAAAGAGCAUUAGUAAAAGGGCACAAACAAAGUUUAGACCGUGGUGACAGUAAAAAGAGUAUAGAUACAGAUAAGCAUAAGUACAAGAGUCAAGUUGUCCAAUCCAUGCACGAAGGAAAUAAACUUAGUCCUGGAGAAGCUAGAAAAGCCUUUGGUUUAUAUUUAGGACACAUAUUGCGUAAGAUAUCCCAGCCUAAUGCUGACCCAGCAUGUUGUGAUCUAGUGAUGAAAUUUCUUCAGCAGUCAGCUAAUAAUCUAAGAACACCGUUUUUCUUUGCGUUACCGAGCAGUAAAUUAAGCGAUAAAGACCGAGCUGCUAUUACUGCUAAACAACUCUCAGACUUCUUACACUUAUACAAUCGUGAAACAGACCUUUACGCAGACACGGUUGAUCGUCCUCGUACAGUUCCCAAUCGGCUUUUUCAAAAGUUUUUAGCUGCAGCAAACGAAGAAGAUCUCGAUGACAUAUUAAUUCUACAAACAAGACUAUACAAGUGUGCUCAUAGUUUUCUUGGAAGAAGUGGUUUUGCGGGUAGCCUACCAGGCUCUAAUUUAUUGGGCUCUUUACCACACAUUACAUCACGCGUAUACACGAAUGCCGCCACCAGCGAACAAUGCAAAUGUAAUCAAUCUAUUACAAGGCCUACAAAAGCUCCAUGCAUCUAAUGGUAUAAUGUGUGAAUGUUUGUUAUAGCCACAUUUGUUCGUUAAAGCACUAAGUACGGCCUGCUCUAGGACUUCCCAAGUACAAGUGGACAAUCAUCCACACACACACAUAUAUAUAUAUAUAUAUAAUCUUAACGUUUCCCACGUAAACAUUAGCACAGAAAACGGUCACAAAAUUAAUAUUUUGGGUACGCUUUAAAAGCGCUUUACUAUUCGCUUAUUUAUGAAGGUAGAAAAAGAGAACGAAAAUUCGUUGUACGAGACUUCUAACGAAAUAAUAUUUUGAACCUUCUUAAAGAAGUUUUAUUAGUCUAUACCAGAGCCCGGCAAGAUUUGCACUUUUCAGCCGAUUUUCAGCUGGC